UGCCUACCGUUAUAUCUUCAUACUUGUUGUUCGUACCAAGAGCAUCAACGCCGACGUCACAGGGUUUUCUAUCUACCACUUUGGAAACGUUCUUCAAACCAAGUUCAAAAUGCCCAGCUCCGAGUUCGCCUAUAUCUCUGGCUCAUCCCCGAUUGUUCAAAUGAUGCCGUCUAAGCCAUCGAAGACUCCAAUUGUCCAGUCAGAGCCUGCAAAAGUUUCGAAUGACUACGACUAUGACUCGGACGACGAAAUAGCAGUUAUCAAGGCAGAGCAAUCAACACGAGCAUCCUCCACAAAGUCCUCGAUACUAUCCAAAGUCAAGGCGAAGCUGCAGUCGGAUAAACAGCCGAGGACAGCGCCAUCAACAUCGUCCUUGGACCGACAUUUGAAGAAGAGACAAGCGAGGGCAGAGACACUCUUCGCUUACAAGGUUCUCGCAGAAAGCCGAAUGUAAAUCACGGGUUUUUCAUGCGUGAUGGGGCUCGGAGGUUAUAUGGUAAUAGGAUUGUCGGUCUAUCACGGGCGGGUUUAAAAUGGUGUUGGUUUUGGAUGCAAGGAUUGACUUUAACAUGGCUAUUUUAGAAGGAAGCAGCUUUGAGCACAUCAUGGACAAGCCUCCUGAUAGUCUCUAUGGUAAGGGCGAGAUGCCAACUCAAAUUGAUACCCUAGGAGAUUGUUGUUUAGUCAAGAUGUUCAUCGUUCUCAUCAUUGAUGUCUCAUUAAUUGAGUCUUAUAUAUCAACAUGGACGAUAUCGCACUCUUAAAGUCUCACAAG